AUGGCUUCAUAUCAUGAAAGUUCCACCACGCACCGAGCCGAUAUAGACACUCAGAAUUCAUUAACACAAUGCCCAACGUCUCAGCCUCUGUCUAUUGCAACAACAGAGGCUGCCAGAGCUCGCAUGAGACUUGAUUCCCUGGAUCAUACCUACGGUUCUUCAGGACAAAUGUACGACACAGAAUCCCAUCAUAGUACCCCUACAGCUUUCAGGUCUUGUCAUUUUUGUCACGAGAUACUCCAAGAAAGACAGCUGGUGAGGCAUUUGGAAACGCAUCAACCGAAAGAGGAAAGAAAGCGUUACUAUUGCUCUGAAUGCCCAGAAACGAGCUUUACCAGAAAUGAUAGUCUUCUAAACCACCAGAGUAUUUUUCAUGGCCGAAAGCGGAAAUCUUCGUCGAGGAGAUAA